AUGAGGAGGAAUUAUAUGGUGCCAGCCGUGGGUAUUGGAGGAGGGUUUGCUCUAUUGUGGAAUGAAGGUGUGGAUUUGGAAUUGAUAAAAGUUAGUAAUGGAAUUUUCCAAGAGCUAAUUAAAGAGCCUUUACGGAAGGUUCAUUGGAUGUUGUUUACGGUGUAUGGGAGACCCUAUGAAACAGAAAAACAAUUAUUCUGGGAAGAGUUGGAAAAAAGGAUUAUUAAAGUUCGUGUUCCCUGGGUGGUGAUUGGUGAUCUUAAUGUGAUUGCGCAUCCUUGGGAGAAGAGUGGUGGUAGAAGAGUAACUGCUCGGGACACUUGCAUCCUUACAAACUUCUUGCAGAAUACAGGGGGAGUUGAUCUUGGAUUUCAUGGUUGGAAGUUUACAUGGCAAAAUAACAGAUUUGUGGGUGGUUUGACUAGAGAGAGAUUAGACCGUGCAGUGGUUUCGGGGGAUUGGAUCACAUAUUUUCCCGAGGCAAAAGUCACUAAUGCUCCAAUCUCCGUUUCGGAUCAUGGAUAUGUGCUUUUGGACAGUGUCGGGGGAAGGAAGAGGGGGUUUAAACCAUUUCUGUUUUUUUGA